UCCCAGUACCCACAGGCGCAUAACGAAAUAGACCUCAGGCUGUUUAACCAUUUUCAAGGUUAACUUUGUGAUACGGUUCGGUUUUGAAACAGUAAACUGUCUCACCGCGUCUUAAACCACGUACUGUCUCUUUAAGAGGCUUCACCCGCGAACUCCUGUCCGAGCGUUCUCCAAAAGUGACUUUUUUGCCUGUCCUGCUGUUUCUGCCCGCGCUUUACUUCAUCCGUGACUUCUUAUUUAUUUAUUUAUUCACGUUGGAAACUUGAAGGUACUCUAAACAUGGCAGAGAUAGGGAAAGGGGUCAGCCCUGGAAAACUGGCGAGUAAUGUACAGAAGAGGAUAACCCGAGCGCAAGAGAAGGUGUUACAGAAGUUGGGGAAGGCUGAUGAGACGAAAGACACGGCCUUCGAAGAGGAGGUGGCGAACUUUAACAAGCAGCUGGCUGACGGCACCAAACUCCAGAGAGACUUAAAGGCGUAUUUGGUGGCAGUCAAAACGAUGCACGAGUGUUCAAAGCGUCUGCAUGACUGUCUGGCAGACAUUUACGACCCCGAGUGGUUUGGCAAAGAAGAGGUGAACUCCCUCGUGGAGAACACUGACCACCUGUGGCAAGAGUUUCACCAGGAGCUUUUGGAUAAUGCCGUCGUUACCAUGGAUACAUACUUGGCUCAAUUUCCAGAUAUAAAGGCUCGCAUUGCAAAGCGUGAAAGGAAGCUGGUCGACUUUGACAGUGCCAGGCAUCACUUUGCCUCCAUACAGAAAGCCAAGAAAAAGGAUGAGGCCAAAAUUGCCAAAGCUGAGGAAGAGUUGGGGAGAGCUCAAAAGGUCUUUGAAGAGAUCAAUUAUGAGCUUCAGGAGGAGCUUCCCACCCUGUGGAACAGUCGUGUUGGCCUCUAUGUUAACACAUUCCAGAGCGUUGCCGGCCUGGAAGAGAAAUUUCACACGGACAUGGGCAAACUGAACCAGAAUCUAAGCGACAUUAUGACCAAACUGGACGAGCAGCGUCAAGUCAAAAAAGAUGUCAAUGCAGCCAGCACCGAGGAAAGUGAAACGGCACCCAACCACAACCUCUCUGGGUCUGAUUCUGGGUCAGACAUCCCUAAAUCUCCGCCAAAGUCCAGAGAAGAUCCGCCGGUUUCACGGCCCAGCAGACCGACCUCAUCUCAGGAGGUGAUAGAGGACGACAUCAUUGACCUGAUAGAAGAUACACUUGUUCCUGAUAAUAAUAUUACAACCCCUUCACAGAAUGAAACUCCAACAGUGACAAAUGGUUCUUCAGAUGCUGAGCUGCCACCUUCUGUUUUGUUUAAGGUGAAAGCAAUUCAUGACUAUGGAGCAACAGACAACGAUGAACUCGAUCUGAAAGCUGGUGACAUUGUGCUUGUGCUUCCCUUCGCCAACCCAGAUGAACAGGAUGAUGGCUGGUUAAUGGGCGUAAAAGAGUCACACUGGCUUCAAAACAAAAACCUGCUAGCUAAAGGCGUCUUCCCUGAAAACUUCACCCAGAAACUGUAAGCGGAACGACCGUCGGACUCUCCUCAGAAUCGAACGCUAUCAUCUCCACGCUUUAUUUUCUCGUGGUUUUUCAAAAAUAAGGGCUUUCAAUCUAUUCUAUAUACUGUGGUCCCGUUUAUUGACAUUAAAGUGAAUUAUUAAGGGCAUUGGAGCAACACAUUAUUUCACACUAACUUUGUUCUUAUGCUUUGUUUGGGUCAGUGGUGUCAUCAACUGACUUUUGGUUAUUUAUUUUAAUCCAUUUUUCGAAGUAAUGUGUCUAACAUUGCAUGACAUGUAAAGGUCUCUCUUUGACAUUAUGAUCAAUCAUUUCAUAUUUAUAUUCUGUAUUUGUUUAAAUAUUGAUGUCUGCGGGUAUAAGACACCAAAGGUUAGAAAACUAAAUGUAUACUUUGGGACAAACCACUAUAUACAAAGCGAUUCACUUGACAACCCUUUAGUGACGUACUGUAAAACUGAAGAGCUUAUAAACAUUGUUUUUCAUUUGUCUUGAGUAUUUCGUAGAUCUUUAUGGAGUGGUGAGUAAAUGCUUUAUUGUUAAACUGGAGAUAAGUCCAUCUUCUGCUGUCCAUUUACAGAACUGUUCAAAAUGUAUUUGCAUUACAAUUCACAUAUUUAAAUUAUUUUGAUCUGGAAAAUGUAUUAUGAAACACUGAGCCCUAAAAAAAAUUUCUGACAAAUAUACUGAUAUGCUGAAAAGAUGCUUUGCCAAAAGAGUGUUGAAUCCCACUUAGAGGUGAUUUUUUUUUUUUUACAAAUAUUUUGCUGCUGUUUGUUUAUUAUAAAGUCUGAAAUUGUCAGUCUGUACUUCCAGGGUUUAUAUCAUUCACUGCCUCUGAGCUGUUUACAUAUUAGGGCUGUGAUUUUCAUAUUUCAUUCAUCUCAAAGCUCUGUAUUUGAAUCCGGUUUGAAUAUUGAAAUGCUUGUAGGGCCUUUAAAAAAAUGACGGAUGCGGGGAACAUUUAUUCACUGUUCUUUUUAACAUCAAUGUUCUUGAAUGACCUUUUUGAAUGAUAAGGCUCAGAUCUGUAUGAGAAGGUGUGAGGGGAUGUUUUUCUUUGAACAGCAAAUUGCAGACAUACUUUACAUUUUACAAAGAUUACAGAUUGUUUACCUCAAGGAAGUCUUUGUUAUAGUGUCGAUUCAUGUCGUAGUUCAAUGCAACUUGGGCUCGUGUGGUUAAUAAAUGUGACCCUGGACCACAAAACCCUGAGGGUAAAUUUUUUUUAAAUAAAUAUAAUAAAUCGACUUUCCAUUGACGUACACUGUAAAAAAAAUCCGUAGAAAUUACAAUGGUAUUGCAGCUGGGUUGCCGGUAAUUUGCCGUAGAUUUACAUUUAUGUUAUUUUCUGGCAAGAGUUUGUUCAAAGUUAAAUAAAUUUUAAAUAUUAACAAGUCUUUAUCUUUACAGAAUAAAACUAUACAAUAACAGCCUCAUGCAAAGCAUUCUGGGAACCAGAAAUUAUCAUAAACCUUUUUCUGUUUUUUGCUUCAGAUUUUGUUUCCCAGAAUGUUUUGCUUGAUGCUGUUUUUUUAGUUUUACUCUGUAAAGACAAAGACUUGUAAAUGUUAAAUGUUCAUUUAACUUUGAACAAAACGUUUCCAGUAAAUAACAUAAAUUUAAAUCUACGGUAAAUUACCGGCAACCCAGCUGCAAUUUCUACGGAUUUUUUUUUACAGUGUACAGUUUGUUAGGAUAGGACAAUAUUUGGCCGAGAUAUUUGAAAAACUAUUAAGAAAAUCUCCUUUAAAAUUGUCUGAAUUAAGUCCUCAAAAUAUCUUCAUGGUAUAUGAUCUUUACUAAAUAUUUGGCAUACAAAAAUUAUAAUUUUACCCAUACAAUGUUGGCUAUUGCUACUAAUAUACCCGUGGAACUUAUGACACUGAUUUUUGUGGUCCAGGGUCACAAAUAUAAAGCAAUAUUUCUAAUAGUCAACCCCUUAAAUAUGAUUGACAGAUUAUAAAUCUUUGGGGCAGUUUCCCGGAAAGGGUUUAGAUUAAUCCAGGACUAGGCCUUCAUAAUAUUAGGAAAUAAGCAAACAAUACA